AUGGAGGGUGGGAGCCCUGCCGGCAACGGCGCCGCCCACCCCUCGCAAGCACCAAGGGGAGAAGGCAAGACGGGGGAGGCGGACGCCGUCCCUGCUUGUCCCACCUCGGCGGCUCAGAGCUCUUCUUCUCCGUUUCUCGCGUCUGCUGACGGGCUCUCGCCGUCGGCUCCAUUCGCAGCUGCCAUUCCGCUUGCUGCGCCUGGAGCGCCUCCCGCGGCGUCCCUCCCGUACCCCCCGCCCACGUUUCCGCCGAGUGUUGCUUUCUCUGCGCCUCGCCCGUUCUGCUCGUCGUACGCGGCGGCGCCUUCGCCCGCAUACGCGCAGCAGAGCGGCGCGCCGGCGUCUGCGUCGGGUCUUGCUGCCUCGGCGCUGCCUGCGAGUCUCCCUGCUGCCUAUCCUCCCUUCGCGGCCUCCGCGGCGCCCGCCCUCGCGUUCACAGGCGCUGCCGGCGCGCCUCAGUCGUCAGCGGAGCGGAGCGCAGGCGCCGCGCUGCCCUUCAGCGGCAGCCCCUUCCCUGCUGCCUGUCCAGAGGCCCAAGGCGCGCCGCCGUUUGCGUUCUCGCCUCCCGCGCCGCUUCCGCUCGGCGCCGCGAGCGCCAGGUCGACUGGGACGGCGCCACUCUCUUCCGCGCCGGCGCCGGGGCUGUCCUCGAGCACCUCGUCGUCCUCCGGUCGGGAGGCGCAGGGGGGAGGAGGAGGCGGCGCGCCCGCGGGCUCCGCUGCAUUCCCUGCUGGGUCGUCAGCGGCGCAGGGGCCUGCGUGGGGCGCCGCCCCGCAGUGCCUCGGGACGCGCGGGAGCCUGUGCGUGUCUUCGGCCUCCGCGCCCGCCUCCGGAGCGCUUCGCGUGAACUCCGCUGGCGAGACUCCAGGCGCGCCGUCCGCUGCGGGAGCCGCGGGGGCGGCGGACAAGGCGCGGAAGGAGGGCGAGGAGGCGAGCGCGGGGGGGAAGGAGGAGUCUGCGGUGCAUGCGCUGGCGUCAGACCUGAAAAGACAGAGCGUCGCAGAAAACUCCACAGCGCCAGCGGCCGCCCCGUUCCCCUCGCCAGCGCCCUCCGCGGCCUUCGGGGCGCCUGGUGGAGGAGGCGUCGCAGUGGUAGGCGCAGCUGCUUCGGCUGCUGUGCCGAGUGCGGGCUCCGCGCCCGCGGCGUUCCCGCAGAGCGGCGGGAGCGUGCUUCAGCCCCCGCUCCCGUUCGCUACAGGCGCGCAGUUUCCGCCGGGUUCGUACCCGCCUCCUGGUUUUGCUUCGCCUUUCCCUGGCGCCGUCACUCCGCCGCCUUUCCCGAUGCAGCCAGCAGCGGGUGCCGGCGGCGCCGGCAACCUGAACCCAGGCGCGGCGCCUCCCUACUCGUCUUUCUCGCCCGCUGCGCCUGCGCCGUCCUCCUCGUCUCCGUACCCCGUCGCCGUCUCCGCGCCGCCUUUCCCGUCCGCGGCGCCUGCGGUCCCGUACGGGCCUGCUGCGUGCUGCCCAGCGGCGGCGGCGGCCGAGGAGGAGGAGGACGAAGAGAGCAAGCGGGCGAAGCGCGCGCGCCAGGGCGAGGCGGCGCCGCCCCCGCUGGCGGGUCUCUUUGCCCAUCUCGCCCCGCAGACGCCGAGCGGACUCCCCAACGGCUUCCAGCGGCCUGGCGAGGCCGCGCCCCCAGUCCCGGGGCGGCCGCUGCCACCCGGUGCGGCGCAUGCGUUUCCUUCGCUGGCGUCGUCGCCGCCGUUUCCUCCGGCGCCCGGCUUCGUGAGCUCGGCGCCGCCGUAUCCGCCAACGGUUUCCACGGCGCUGCCGCCUGCGCCGCCGCCGUUCCCCGCGGCGAUUCCGCUCGACAAGCACAAGGGCAGUCUGGUUGACGGGCUGGGCGCGUUCGGCCUGGCCCAGUACCACUGCGACGUGUGCACGAAGGACAUCAGCAACGUGUGCCGCAUCCGCUGCGCCGAGUGCGAGGACUUCGACCUCUGCGUCGCCUGUUUCUGCAUGGGCGCCGAAGUCGAGGGCAAGGCGCACAAGAAUUCGCACAGCUACAUCCCCAUCGGGCGCAACGCCUUCCCGCUCCUCAGACACAAGUGGACGGCCGACGAAGAGCUGCGCCUCCUCGAGGGCGUCAGCAAAUACGGAUUCGGCAACUGGAGUGUAGGCGCGCAGAAACAACCAGGGGGGGGGGGGGAGGGGGCGACAGGACUCCCCCGCACUCUCGACGGGCGGGGGGAUGUGGCUGAGUUGGUGAACAACGUCGCGCUGACCCCGAAGACGAGUCAGGAGUGCGACCAGCACUACACAGAAGUGUAUUUGAACUCGCGGACGUCUCCGCUGCCUGACACCUCGACGCUGCUGAUGAGCAAAGACGGCGGGCCGCUGAAGGAGGAGCGCCGGCAGGAGGAGACGCGCAAGACGCGCGGCGGCAAGGAAGAGGAAAAGGACGACGACGACGACAAAGAACGCGAAAACGCAGACGGCGAGGCUGAAGAGGAAGACUCCGCGCGGCCUGCGGGCGCAGUGGCGCCGCCGUCGCGGGCGGGCACCGCCAAGCCCACGCACUCGAUCGUGGGCUACUGGCCACUUCGCGGCGACUUCGAUGUCGAGUACGACAACGACGCAGAGCUGAUUCUUGCCGACAUGGAAUUCAAAGAGGACGAAGCGGUGCAGGAGCGGCACUUGAAGCUUCAGGUCAUCGAGAUUUACAACAGCAAACUCGACGAGCGAAUCUAUAGGAAACGGACAGUCAUCAACAGAGGGCUGCUUGACACCAAGACGCUGCAUCAGCGGGAGAAGAAGAGAACGAAGGAAGAACGCGAUCUCCACAACCUGUUCAAGCCGCUUGCGCGGUUCCACUCUGACGAAGAGCAGGAGCGCCUGGUGCAGCUGCUCAUCGAAGAAAAGCGAAUUCGCGCGCGGCUGAGCAUGCUGCACGAGUGGAGGUCUCUCGGGUUGAAGACGGCCGACGACGUCGGGGCGUACGAGGGCGACAAGCGUUGGCGGGAGCAGCUGCAGCGUUUCCGCGCGUCGGAGUUGUCUUCGCUGUUUUUCUCUGGCGGCUUGGCGAGUCUCUUCGCGAAGCACGUGAACGCGCAGCAAACUGGGAAACUGCCGCCAGCCGCGGGGGUCGCGCCGCCGCACCUGCCGCUGGCGGCGGCUGCGGCGGGCCUGCCAGGGGCGGUGGCGGCCUCGCCGUCGCUCGCUGCGAAGCAAAGCGGCCGAGCCGCAGGCAGCCCCUCCGCGGGAGGAGGAGGCGUUGGCAACGUCGGUUCGGCUGCCGCGGCCUCUGCGUCAAGCGCCCAGGCGGAGAGUCCGCAGCACGCGAACGUGAACGCGCCCAACACGCCGCGUGGCGGCGCCGCAACCGCCGCUGGGGGGGUCGGCGGCGGAGUCGACGGCUGCAGCGGCGGCCGCGAGCGCGAAGCCGAGAAGGGCAAGCGCGAGGGCAAGGAUCGCGGCGACGGCGCGCGGCCGCUGAAGGGCGCGCGCGCAGCAAUCGCAGCCGCUGGAGACAAAGAACUCGAGGCGCUGCCGAUCUCUGCCUUCCCUGGGGCAGCGCUGCUGACCGCCAAGGAGCAAGCCUUCUGUGAAGACGCUCAGCUCGCACCCGUGUUCUAUUUGUUGGCGAAGCGCAUGCUGCUGAGGGAGAUGUCGAGACACAAAAAAUUCAACGCCACCGACUUCUCCAAACCGAUGGAACUAUUUGUGAAUCGCGUCGGGCAGCUGUACGACUUCUAUGUGAACGUCUCCGACUUUGCGCCUUGUUGCCCCGCGCCGGCCGCGACCGCGGGAGCCUCGCGCGCCGGCGCGCCGGCGGCGUCCAGCGCGCCUGGAGGUGUGGCCCCGGGGCUGCGGCCCUUCGCGUCACCGGCUGGGCUCGGCGCGGCGUCCGCCUCUUCCGCCUUCUACCGGACAGUGACCGGCGCGACGCCGGGAGUCGAACCCGUGUACAACGCAGGGGUGCCUCAGCCCUACCCGUAUGGCUUCCCCCCCGCCGGGGCCCCUGUGAAGCUUCCAGAGGCGCCGGCGGCUCCCCGGUCUGCGUCGCCGCGCGGUCGAGCUAGCCAGGGCUGCUAA